AUGUCAAAGAGUCAGGACUAUAUCGCUAGAAUAAGGUAUCAAAAUGACUUACCACCACCACCUCUACCACCAAAUUUACUAAACUACAAAAUCCCCAAAGAUGAAGAAAUAGGUUCUUCAAGUUUACUAUCAUCUUUAUAUCGUAAAGAAAAUGUCAACAAUUUAAUCAAACUAAAUGAUGAUUUAGGCCAAUCCAUAGAUCUUAUACAAGUGCCCGAUGCUUUUGAUCGUUCAAAACAAGAUUCAAAAUUAUAUGCAUUAUCUGACAAUAUAAAAUUACAUCCAAAUGAUCGUAUCUUAUUAAGAGAUCCUGGUGUUGAUACAGUCGUUGGUAAACAACCAAAUGUUGCCUUCUUGAGAAGAACAGAAUAUAUCGGUUCAAGUAGACAAAAUGCUAAUGCUACCGUACAAAAUUCAAGACUAGGAUCUCCACAAGUUUCUCAAGAUGAUAACACACCAGCUACUCAAUUACGUUCAAUCGAAUCAACAUUUACAAAUUCAACAAAAACAUUAAAAAACUUGACAUUAUUGAAACAUCCUCUAAAGAAGAACUUGAAGGCCAAAAAAGUCUGGUCUUUAUUACCAGAUACUUCAAGAAUGGAUCAAAGUUUCAGUUCUAUUAGAAUGUUGGGUUCUGCCUCUACAAGUAACCGUGGUACAACUUCAACUGAAUUCCACACUUCAAUCUUCAGACCAGUGGAAUUAGAACAAGCAGAUUGGAUGUCAUUCUAUGUUACUGAUGAAGAAUCUUCAACAUCAGUGAAGAGAACAAUUGAUGACUUGAGUGAAAAUGUUCCAAAUGAUGAAAUUGAUGAAAAUGAAGGAUCAAGAUAUAAAUACCUCAAAAAGAAUGAUUAUGAUAUGAAGGCAAUCGCUGUUGAAGGUGGUAUUAAAGAUAUUGCUCUUAGAUUUGAUCAUAAAGAAAAUAUUGCUUAUUAUAACCCAAUUCAAUCAAAAGCUGAACUAAAGAGACAUAGAUUACAUGAUUCAUUAAAAGAGUUGGUUGAACAAGUGGAUUAUGACGAAGUUAAUUUGAAGAUUAGAGAACCAACAAAUGCUGAAUUGAAUUCAAGAAAUUCUAUUAGACAUAGUCAUGAUCCUGUUAAUUAUGAAGCUGUCGAAGUGGAUGCUGAAUAG